AUGCUAAAUGUGUGGAAGAAUGCCUGGAGGAAGGCACAAUCUGCCGCCGCCACUUCAGGUCAAGACAAUAACGGGGAGCCUCAGCCAAGUGCCAGUGGGGCUAGCUGGUCCGCGGCAUCCGUUGACGCUGUUCCAGCGGUCCCACCACAGAAUGGCGAAGGACCCGUGUCUGCUGAACCGACGUCGAUACUGUCGCAGACGCGAAAGCUAGAUCAGGUAGACGGUUGGUCUUCUGUUCCUCCCGAUCGCCCUGUAAAGCGGCGAAGGGACACAGAUGGCACGCCGCCUGAAGCUACUAAUGGCUCAUUUCAACCCGAAAGCGCUGUUGAUUUCGCUCCUCCGAGAGAACUUGUAGUGUCAUACGAGUCUUCGAAGGCGGCGGAGGAAACACCGUUGACAAACCAAUUACGAGCCCUGGAUCCAGACGGACGAAUAGGGGAUCCGUGGUUUCGCUACGUGCAUUACAUUUUGAGUGAUUUAGGGCCUUGUGGUGCCGAUCUUGUCUGGAGACAUGCCCUAUUGGAUCGUGAUUUGACUAUACCCGAGCAUUCAGCAGUCCGUCAAGUUGAGGCCAAGCUUGCUGCGCGACCUAUAAAUGAUGAGCGAUUCCUAAAAGUAGUUCAAGACUGGACAUUUUCCAACCCUUUGCUGGACUCGGCUCACACAGAUAAGAAUGUAUCAGACAAGUUCGUGAAACUUGUACGAAUCUUGAAGUCUUACGAACCCUAUCGGAACAAUCUUCGAGCUGUUAUCUUCGUUCAAAGGAGGGUCGCGGCUGUAAUGAUCUUGAAGAUGCUUUCAAUGCUUCCGUCGCCGCUUAACUUGGACUUCAUUCGUCCACAGGUACUAGUCAACCAUGAUAUGGAUCAGCAGCGUUCCGUUAUGGAUAGCUUCGCUAAUGGGCAAUGUAAUUUGCUCAUAGCGACUAAGUCAAUGGAGGACCUUGAUAUUCCCAAGGCAGACGUGGUCAUCCGUUUUGACCUCUUCGAGAGUCAAAUCUCAUAUGCUUAUGCUCGUGCAUGUCUACGAGGUCCAGAAGCCUGUCUGAUCCACAUGGUCGAGGAGGGAAAUGACGUGCAUCGUCGCAUUCUCUCUGCCCUUUCGCCCAAGACGGACGCAAUGAAGUCGUGGCUAAUGGGCAUGAGGAAUCGCUCGGCCGCCUUCCCGCCUGCCGGUUUGCAUGAGACCACGGACCCUUACCGCUCCGACGACGAAGAUAACGAUGAUUUGGGACCCUGUGUCGUGGACCCCAGCACCAGUAGCCGGAUCUAUCACCGAGAUGCGACUGCCAUCGUGCUGCGGUUUGUUUCUAAACUAUCUGAACACCUGGGAAAGGAACUUUUCAUCGUCAGGGAAAGCGUCAAGGCAGAGCCGAAAACGUAUCGGGUCAUAAUCUGGCUACACGGGUACAAUCCCAUCCAGGGAGAAUACUACGAAUCGUUGGCCCAUGCACGGCGGUCCGCCUGUUACAAAGUCUGCCAGGAGCUAUCAGACCGGGGGCACUUGGAUUACCGCAUACUCCCUCGGCCUCCGUAUCCUUCUGGGAUAUACGGCCCUGCGCGGAGUGCUCCGGAAGUCAACAAGUCCAAUGGAACUCGCCGAUAUCCACGGAAAUCCCCAGACUUCUGGGCGAACUGUCGGUCUGUAGGUUGGAGCCGUGUUUUUCCUACCAUCAUCUGGGUAGAUGAUGGGAACACACCGACCCACGGCCAUAUCGUCCUGUUGACUCGCUUACCCUUGCCGCCCUUGUCCAGUACUAAGGUAUUCUAUACCGGUGUACCCGCGACGGUUUACUUUACGCGAGCCGCUUCAUUCACCAUGGACGGACCAAAACUCCAGCAGGUAUAUCACUAUACCACGAGGCUCUGUCGCGGGAUUAUGAACAAGUCUUUAGACUGUCCCCUGGAGAACAUGCCGUACCUGCUACUUCCGCUCAAUGGAGCCUGGAAGCAUGGCCCGAAGGACCAUAACUCGGAAGCGUCGGACAUACAGAAAUAUAUCCCAUGGGAUCUUGUGUAUCAUGCGGCGCAGAAUUUCGUUACUCCAUUUCGGUACGAAAGUAUCGGAGCUGUCGAGGAGGAUGUCAAGGACGCUGUGGUCCAGGACAGAUGGGUCGAGUUUACCAGACGGUACGAGGUAGAAAAGGUCAGGACGGACCUAUCACCCUUGAGUAAACCAGUCGAUAGCCCCCGGGAAAGUGCGUAUGAAAGCUUCUUGGAAUACUGUAAAGCGCGACGCAAGGAUUUCGACGGCCUCAAGAGCCAUACUCAACCGCUUAUCCAAAUAAAGCGCUUAUCUGCUGUGCUCAAUCGUUUGAAUCCGACGACACGACCUUUAACGGAGUCAUCGAAAGCAACCGCUAAAUAUCUCAUACCUGAGUUGUGUGCGAAAUAUACUAUCCCGGCGAGCACAUUCCGAACAGCACUCCUCCUACCAUCAAUAACUCGGAGAAUUGAUGAUAUGCUUCUCGUGAAGGAGCUAAAUGCCAAGAUAUUCGACCAUUCCCUUCAGGAAGACUUACUGCAUACAGCAAUCACAGCACCAGCUGCUGGUUUCGAGUUUGACUAUGAACGCCUGGAGCUGUUAGGUGACGCCUACCUGAAAUAUCUGUCUUCGGUCUACCUGUUCGUGACAAACCCCGAGAAGCGCGAGGGAGCUCUCCAUUUUGCGCGGCAACGGAUAAUCAGCAACAAAUCCCUGCUAGAGUACGCCGACAGCGCGGGAUUACCUCCCUUCAUACAGUCCAAGCCUUUCGUCGCCAAGUUAUGGCAGCCUGCUCCUCUUGAGGCCGCUACCUCACCGGAUGAGGCGUCGGUCGGCAAUGCCUCGGCAGCCGGGGCAGAGUCGAAUACAUCUGUCGUACCACCCAAGCGAUCGAAGCGGAAAAGACAGCAAGACGAUCAACAUAUUCAAUGGCUAGGAGACAAGGCGGUCGCUGAUGUGGCUGAAGCUAUCAUCGGAGCGGGAUAUAUAACCGGCGGUCGCGAGGUUGCUCUGAAAGUAACGAAGGCCUUGAACAUCCCUGUGCCCCGUAUCGACCGGUGGUCUGACUUCGGUAGGAAGGCUCUGGCUGUUGCUCCAGAGGCCGUCUCAAAAUUGGGCAAGGGGAGUAUUGAAGCGGUGGAACGUAUCAUUGGCCAUAAAUUCCAGCGCCCCCAGUUUCUCGCUCAGGCCUUGACGCAUGCCUCCAUACAAGGUUAUGACUUGACUUCUUACGAGCGGCUAGAGUUCCUUGGUGACGCGAUCCUGGACUUCAUGGUGAUCCGUCACCUGUAUUACAGGGAGACCCAAUUGUCGCCAGGAGGUCUAACUCUAUUGAAAGGUGCCAUGGUGUCGAAUUCCGCUCUCGCCGCGGUCUGCGUAUGGUCCGGCCUGCACAAACAUCUGCUCUUCGAAUCCCGGGACCUCGCGAACGGUAUCCAAGCCUACGAAGUACAACUGAAGGCGAAACAAGAAGAGGAAUAUCGCUUAGCGCGCGAAGAGGGCCGCUCGCCCGGUCAGUAUUGGCUAGAUAUAGAGCCCCCGAAGGCACUGUCAGAUGUGGUGGAGUCAAUCAUCGGCGCGGUGUACAUCUCCGACAACUUCUCGCCUGUCGGGUCGGAGACGCUCUUUGUGAAUGUCCUCAAGCCGUUCUACGACAAGCACAUCACGCUCAAGACGUUGUCGCAUCACCCGACGAAGAUCCUGUUCGAGCUGUUCCAAGCGGAGGGGUGUCAUGAGUUCGAGAUGCUGAAACAGCAAGUCCACCCUGAGCGGAGUAGUUCUGACGGAAGGACGGGAGGCAGUCAACAAAUAACUCGCUGCGAAGUCAUCGUGCACGAUACCAUCCUCGCUGCAGCAGAAUCUGCAACGACUCUGAGCGCGUCCCGAAUGGCCUCGUUCUUCGCGUUGGACGCGCUCGAGGGCGACUCCGAGUUCAUGAAGCGCACGUGCGACUGCCGUUCGCAAUCCCAGGCCCGCAAGGCGGUGAAGAAAGCGCUGAAGGACAUGUGGGAGGACGACGGUAAUGACGAGGAAGUAGAGGCCGCGGACGGGCGGGACUGA